AUGGCGGCCAAGGCCAUCGGCAGCCGCGUCAGCGGCCACGAGGACGAGGACUUCUUCGAGGUCGUGAACGACGGCGUCUCCGUGCUGCAGCCGGGCACGUACCAGAUCAACGUGGACCUGCAGCACAGCCAGCCGAGGGUGAACUACAAGUUCGUCUUCAAGGUCUGGCACGGUAAGACGCUGCUGGGCCAGUGCUCGACCCCGCUGAGGACCAAGAAGGAGGUCUCACUGAGCCUGCUGGAGAUGAGGUGUCAGCUGCCGGCGCUGGCCAAGCUGCGCGUGGAGUUCCUGGCGCCCGGGUUCGCCUUCCACGACAGUCGCAUCGUGCUGCGCCUUGUGCAGUAG